CGCACGCAUUUCAACUGCCGCCGCCGCCACGGAUGGAGCCGAGGGUCGAGAGGGAGAGGCACCACCGAGGAUUUGCCAGCCCGUCAAAUUAGCGCCCAUCUCGGCUACGACCUGCCCGCCACCUCGGCGCUGUGAACGGUAGAAAAGGCGUGUGUGAGCUGGCAGAGUUGGGAGAUCAUUUUAACCGUUUCAUGCGGGUCCAGUGAAGCCAUUUUAGCCGGUCGAGGAUGGGCUGCACGCUGAGCACGGAGGACAAGGCGGCGGUGGAGCGGAGCAAAAUGAUCGACAGGAACCUGAGGGACGACGGCGAGAAGGCGGCCCGCGAGGUCAAGCUGCUGCUGCUCGGUGCCGGCGAGUCGGGCAAGAGCACCAUCGUCAAGCAGAUGAAGAUCAUCCACGAGGCGGGCUACUCGGAAGAGGAGUGCAAACAGUACAAGGCGGUGGUCUACAGCAACACCAUCCAGUCCAUCAUCGCCAUCAUCAGAGCCAUGGGCCGCCUCAAGAUCGACUUUGGCGACGCCGCCAGAGCCGACGACGCGCGGCAGCUGUUCGCGCUGGCGGGCUCGGCCGAGGAGGGCUUCAUGACCGCCGAGCUGGCCGGCGUCAUCAAGCGGCUGUGGCGGGACGGCGGCGUCCAGGCCUGCUUCGGACGCUCCCGCGAGUACCAGCUCAACGACUCGGCCGCGUACUACCUGAACGACCUGGAGCGGAUAUCGCAAGGCGCGUACAUCCCCACGCAGCAGGACGUGCUGAGGACCCGCGUCAAGACCACCGGCAUCGUGGAGACGCACUUCACCUUCAAAGAUUUGCACUUCAAGAUGUUCGACGUGGGCGGUCAGCGGUCGGAGCGCAAAAAGUGGAUCCACUGCUUCGAGGGCGUGACUGCCAUCAUCUUCUGCGUGGCGCUCAGCGACUACGACCUGGUGCUGGCCGAGGACGAGGAGAUGAACCGAAUGCACGAGAGCAUGAAGCUCUUCGACAGCAUCUGCAACAACAAGUGGUUCACCGACACGUCCAUUAUCCUCUUCCUCAACAAGAAGGACCUGUUUGAGGAGAAGAUCAAGAAGAGUCCGCUCACCAUCUGCUACCCGGAAUAUGCAGGCUCCAACACGUACGAGGAGGCGGCGGCCUACAUCCAGUGUCAGUUCGAGGACCUGAACAAGCGCAAGGACACCAAGGAGAUCUACACGCACUUCACCUGCGCCACCGACACCAAGAACGUGCAGUUUGUCUUCGACGCCGUCACCGACGUCAUCAUCAAGAACAACCUGAAAGACUGCGGCCUCUUCUGAUGGCCGCGGAUGCGAGCUUCGCUUCCCGCGCCGGGUGGCAUUUUGGUCGGGGGAACGCCGACGGGGCGGAGAGAGGGCGUUCCCGGAUGCCCCCGCCCUCCCGUGCUGUACAGUAACGCCACUUUUAACAGCUUUAUUUAUGUUUUUUCUCUCGGGACGUUUUGAGUCGGACGCUUGUUUUGUAGUCAAAAUGGCCGACUUUUAUUUUUUCUGUUGUUUUUGGACUUUUGGGAGGAGAAAGAUCCGGUCAAGGAAAGUAUCCGAACUUUUACGUCGGAAAAUGGCGACCGACACGUAGCCCCUCCCCCCCCCACGCGCGUUCGUCCACUCGUGACGUUACAAUCACAUCAGGGGGUCUGCUAUUGAAACGCUGUUUAAAAAAAAAAAAAAAAAAAAAAGUCCAUUUUCAAUGGGCACAUUUUCUUGUAUAUUUUACUGGGUUUUUCCGGUCGCGAGGAGCCAUUUUGGUUUAUUUCCCUGUGGACGGGCAAGCACGCAAGAUGGCGGAGGUUCUGCCACGCGAGCUUCGGCAUUGCCCCCCACCCCGACCCCCGCGAGGAGGGAUACAUCACUGCACCUUUGUAGACCCUUAUUUUGAUAAUAAAAAUACAAGAAAACAUUUACACGCAA